CAACAACAUUUUAUUCGAAGUUCGGGUUUCGGGUAUCCAUGGAGUAAAAACGCGUUCACUUUGCGAGGAAAUAUAAAUCUCCAUAAACCUUGACAUAUUUCUGUUUAUACAAACUUUUGUGGCCUGUUUUGUCUGCUAUAAAACCGUUACCCUCACUAACAGCUGCAGAUUUUUGCUAUGGCAAUGGGGUUGUAUUUUAAAACGUGAUUUGUCAUGGGUUGAAGGUAUGUACUCGAAUGACUUGCUAACUUUAUAUUAUUGUGUUGAAAUGACCGCGCUUUUUUCGCUGUGAUGUCCACAUAAAUGGCCUAAAGUAAUUAGUGUAAAUCAAUACAACACAACAGGGACUUGAACUGAGAUUUUCUGGCACUUGAAAAGCUGUUUUGACCGCUUAAAUUUACGAUAUAUUUCUGUGCUUAAAUAGGGUACUGAUAUAUUUAUGUAAAAUAAUUGAUAAAAAUCUCGUUAAAUUUGUUAUAUUUAUGGGAAAAGUGCUCCUUCGUUAGUAUUUUUUCGUACUGUAAUUGUGUUUCAAAAAUCGUACAAUAUCUUGGCUAUUACACUGCGUUUCUUUGUCGUGAAAAGUCAAAAAAUUCUCUAAAUUUAAAGGACAGUCAGUUUUUUGCUACAUUCAUUUUAUAAUUCUAUUCAUUAGUCUUGCUUAUUUGCGAAAAUUGGCCAUUGCAUUUUCUUAUUGCAGCGCGAAACGUUAUAUAUCAGUUUGUUUUUUGUGUGUUUUUUCUUUCAAUUACACUAUUUUGUUGUGUAGAAGGUGUUUAAAAUCAAAUAUUAGGUCAAUAGUAGAUGUCAGAUUUUACUGUAUAUUUACUAAUUUGUAACAUAAGUGGUCGCCACUUGUAAAUAUUAAAGGGUCGUGAAUUUGACCUGCUCUGAAAGGCGGGCUGGCCUGUUAAGCAGGAAGGCCCACUAAAAUCGUGUUUCACUGCCAGGCUUAAGGUCAGUUUACACAUUGCAAUUUUUGCUGUGAUUUUGUGAUGGAUUUUAACCCCUUGAGCAGCAAUGUGCCCCAGUGCGCCCUACUUAUUUUUUUCACUUGUUGUCUAACACCAGACAAUUUUACUCGUCAUUGGAGAAGCUCUGCAGCUUAAUGGGUUAACCAAAAAAUCUGGCAGUGUCUCUACUUAACCCAUUGAGCUGCAAUAUGCCCCAGUGUGCCCUACUUAUUUUUUUCCUCAUCUAACGCUAGACGAUUUUACUCAUCAUUGGGGAAGCUCUUAAAGCUAUGUUUACACUCUGCGAUUAAUCAUGUACGAUUCAUAUUCUGGCAUAUUAAAAUGAGUGCUGGUGCCAUAAUUCUUUGCCGUUUCGUUAAAAAGAAAUUUCAAAUGUAGCCAGCAUAUGUGUGUUUACUCAAUGACAUACACCAGAGAAUGAAUCGUACACGAUUAAUCGCAGUGUGUAAAAGUUGCUUAAUGGGUUAAAGCACAGAACUUGUGUAUGACAAUGUGUGUGAAUUGUGUGCUUGAUUUACACAUUAUAACUUGAGUUGUAAGCAGGUUGCAUGUGAAAGUUUUAGGCAAAAGUUGUGAGUGUUAGGCCAGUUACACAAUAUUUUAUUAUCAAAUUUUACAGUUUCAAGGGGAGUUUAGCCCUCAAAAUUGUGAUAAUAAAACAGAAUUAGUCAAAAGCUUUAAAAAUGAAAAGUUGUAAGAGGCUGAAAAGCAUCUUAGGGCCUGUUUAUAUGGAAGCUGGGCUGACCUGAUUUUUGGAAAUCUUGCUGCAUAGUUAUUUUUAUUGUAAAAAUUAUUGUGCAUUUAUAUGGACAAGCAGACUGGCUCGGUUACCAAGAUCUCGCUUGAAAGAGGCAAGAUCUUUCUUACCGGGAUGGAAAUUUCUCCAUAUAAACACUCACAAGCAGGCUAGCCCGGUUGCCGGGAUGAAAGUUCAAAGGUACCAUUGCAAGCUAUUUUUAUCAACUGUCAAAACAAUAUUAAUGUAACAAAAUUGUCCCGGCAAGCGGGAUGAAUUUUUUUUUGUAUAAUCACAAGAGAAAUUCAUCCCGCUUACCAGGCUGUCUUGCUUACCAGGCUGUCUUACUUACCGGGCUGUCUUGCUUUGCAGGCCAGCCCGGCUUCCACAGACCCAGUUUGUUGAUUUUGCUGUACUCACUCGAAUCAGUCGAAUGUGAAUCUGGUAUCAUGUAACUGGGGCCUUUAAUUGUCUACUUGUUCACAUGGUGUCUGAAGAAGAAAAUCCCGGCUGAAAUUCCACAUGUAAACAAGCCUAAUUUAGUCUGACACAAGCUUUGCUUUAUGACCAGGAUGCCAGUGUUGGCUGCAAAUCAAGUGACCUUGACAGAGGUUCUUGAAGUGAAAGGAUCACCAUUGAAUGAAGAGGAGAUAUGGGCAGUACUAAGCCACGCUGGCAAGGCUAUUGAAAGAGUGUUGGCUGAUGGUGAGUCCAAACUACAGAUCAAGGACUGUGUUUUUAUGCAAGCUGGUGUGUUUAAUUUCAGUGAUUUGACAAAUAUUUCCUGGGAAGGAUUUUUAACACCAGAUUAUUGUACCCUCACAGUGUAUAAUGCUAGACAGUUUUACUCAUCAAAGGGAGAGUUCUGGCACUCAACGGGUCAAUCAGACUAUCUGUUACAUCCUGUUACAGUAACCCCUUUAGUGGCAAAUGCACCUAGUUUAUCAUUUUACUGUGUCUAACACCAGACAAUUUUGCUCAUCAGAGGGACAGUGGUGGGUUGACCAUUCAAUUGCUUUUCAGGGACGGAUUUACUGGGGGUGUGCACCCCCUAGCCCUGGGCAGAAAAAAUAUUACAAAUUGAGAUACAGUAAUUUGAGUAAUAACCAGUGGCGUAGCCAGCCUGACAAUUUAGUUCCACUAUGCAAGUUCAAAAUUAUUAUUGUUAUUCAUUGACUUUAGAAAUUGACUGUUUUUACAGUCAAUGAACACGAAAAUGUUUGCAUAGCGGGACUAAAUAUGGGCUACCUAUUAUGGGCUAGCUAUGCUAUUGCAUGGUAAUAACAUGAUGAUAAGCGAACUUUUAACAACAAUUACAAUUCAAAUACAGUAAUUGAUUGGCGGGCAACGUACAUGACUGACACAACUCGGCACCAGAGGUGGCAGAGCACCCCCUUCCAGAUCAUGCUUGAUUCAUCCCUGUUGUUUAAUUUAAAUUAGUCUGUGGACUAGCACAGUUUUCAAUGUUGUAAAACUUGUUUUUCCUCAGGCAAAGGGAAGCAACAUGGUCAGCCAUCUCUGCUCAUAUCACCAGAUACGUUAAUCCUGUCUCAUUCCGGUCGUGUGAAAGUUUCAACUCAUGUUGGCAGAGGUAUGAAGAUUUAGUACCAUUACCUGUGGUUGUGUCUGUUAUAACCCUUUGAGUGGCAUUGUGCCCUUAUAUACCAAAACGUGUUAUUUUUAUUAAUAUUCUAAUAUUAUACUGUAUAUAAUAUUUGAAUAUUAAAAUAUGUGGCAUUCCAGUAUAUAAGAUGACAAAAAAUUUCCUGCAAGGUCACUUAGUCUGUAAGAAAAUUUUUUCCGAAGAUAUUCUGUUUAAAAAUGUACUGUCACCGCUGCUGUUGACACUGCUAGACAUUUAAUCCAGCACACAUUUGUUCAUAAAACAAUUGGCAUGUAUAUGUCUUAAAUGUUCUUAAUGAAAGCAACAUCCAUGGAUGAUGGUGCAUGAUCAUCUAAUAUCUUGUUUGUUUUUGUAGAGAAGGCAAAGAAUCCAACGUACAGAGCUCCAGAGCUCAGCUCUCGGACUAUAUCCCCCAGUGAUGGAGCUGUGGAAAAAGUAAGAUGUUUGGCGUGCACCUGGACAUUUAAGUCCCCCCAUCUUUCUUUUACAAUUUUUAACAGUUCACUUAACUAUAUAGUCCUUAAUCUGCUCCUGCAAAGUGAUACAGAAAUGCUUUGCAAUUCAUUAAGCAAGUAUUUUCUUGUGACACUAACAUUAUUGGCCUUAAGGAUGCAAGAAAUUAUAUAUUUGUAUCAGCUAUUAACUAUAAUAAUUUAUUCUUAAUUUCAUUUCCAGAUGUACGUCUACUCUCUGGGUAUGACUCUCUAUUAUGCUGCUGAAUAUGCACUCAAUAAAUCUAAGGUACACCGAGUCUUUUCUGCUAAAUUUUGAUUAUUUUCCGCACUCUUCUCACAUGUGACGUCAAAUUUUACCAGUUUUCUCCCACUUGUGUGUGCUUAUUUUGUCUGUGGACUUCUGACACAAAAUUGGCAGCACUGUGUAAAAUGCAAAGCCUUUGAUUUUUCAUUGAAAGUAUUCUAGAAAAAUUGCUGUCAACUUGCAAUUGGGGAUGGAAGGGGUACCAUAUUGGUUGCCAGUUUGGAUUACAGUAAUCCGUGAUCUGAUGCAUCUUGCCUGCUUGUGGCAGAAGGCAAUAUAAAACGGCAUAGAAUCAGUGUAAUUUGUUUUGUGUGACUUGUUAUUGUAUUCAUUGUUAAUCAAUGUUUUACAUGUUUCUAGAUGGGUCAUCUAAGCGUAUCUUUGGGUAACUUACUUUUGUCAAUGUGUGAAGAACUUGCAAGAAGUCGAUACUCAUUAAGACAAGUUUUAGCUGUGAGUUUAAACAUGUUUGUAGAUUUUUAUCGAUGGAUAUAAGUUUGACUUUUUCCUUGACGAGCAAAUUUUCUUGCAGGCAUGUGGCAGUAAAUAUGGUGACAGGUUUUACAGCAAGAUCAUAAAAAGUUUGGUUGUGCUUGUGUUGGGAAAUAAUAUACCUGAGGUGAGUUUUUAUUGUGGUUUGUGUUCAAGUUUCUUGACAAAUGACGUCAGUUGAAGUGUGGUACAGCAUGUAACUGUAGUCCCCGAAAAUGGCAUUUAAUAAUGCUCUCAUAUUGUUACAGGUGAUUCAACAUUCUGAUGUAGACAAAGAGACAUCCCUUACUAGAGGUUACAUCUCAGAUGAUCAGGUAUAACAUGACAAUAUAGCAUUUAGCAGUUCACCGAGUAUUCAUUCAGUAGUUGCCCAAUGGUAAUGUUGAAAAACAUAAUUAGUGAAAACUUAGUUUUGUUUAAGUUCCUCCUGUAGUAACACUGAAUCAAUAACGUGUUGUUGGCCCAUACCGGAUUCCUGGGGAGAACAGUUUCAAACUGACAGAGCUGUCCAGUAUAAAUAUUUGAAGUUAGUUUAGUUUAGGUUUCUUCCUGUAGUGACACUGGAUCAAUAAGAGAUGAUCCUUACUGGACCUCUAGGAAGAACAGUUUAGAACUGAUAAAGCUAUCCAGUAUAAACAAAGUUAGUUUAGUUUAGGUUUCCUCCUGUAGUAUUACUGAAUCAAUAAGAGAUGAUCCUUACUGGACCUAUAGGAAGAACAGUUUAGAACUGUUAGAGCUAUCCAGUAUAAAUAAAGUUAGUUUAGUUUAAGUUUCCUCCUGUAGUAACACUGGAUCAAUAAGAGAUGAAUCUUACUGGACCUGUAGGAAGAACAGUUUCGUACUCAUAGAGCUAAAUAAAGUUAGUUCAGUUCAGUUAGGUUUCCUCCUGUUGUAACACUGUAUCAAUAAGAGAUGGUGCUUACUGGACCUAUAGGAAGAACUGAUACCCAGCAAUCCAGUUUAUAAAUAAAGUUAGUUUAGUUUAGGUUUCCUCCUGUAUCAAUAUUAAAAAGAUGAAGAGGUAUACUGUAACAACUGAUAGAACUUAUAAAUAAACUUUAAGUUAGUUUGGUUUAGGUUUCCUCCUGUAGUGACACUGGAUCAAUAAGAGAUGAUCCUUACUGCACCUCUAGGAAGAACAGUUUACUUUAGAACUGAAAGAGCUAUCCUGUAUAAAUAAAGUUAGUUUCCUGUAGUAACACUGGAUCAAUAAGAGAUGAUCCUACUGGACCUCUAGGAAGAACGGUUUAGAAAUGUUUUUCCCUUAUGGCAUAAAUUAAGUUAGUUUAAAGUCAAUUUUGAUGAAUAUGUCAGAAAAAAUUCCAACGUUAACUUUGAAUGUACUUUUCAAGCACCCAUCUCGGAGUCUCAGAGCAAGAUAUCGAUCAAGCCUCGAACUUCCUUCACCGCCAUUGGCUUACCGUGCAUCACGUGGUCAAGUGACAUCGGAAGAGCUGAUUGGUUCAAAUGAUAGAUUGAUGACAUCACCAGAGGAGCAGCCAAGCCAUCAUUCAAAGAAUAAAUACAUGACAAAGAUACCGCAUACGCUUGGUAAGUGGAAUGACGUAAUUAGUUCGUGUAACAGCUUGUCACUAAGACGUGUUCGCAUUGCUUGUUCCCAGUUAUUAACAAAUCUGGAACAAGUUGAACAUUAUCAUCUUGUAACGAGGUUGAUGAGGCCAACAAACUCGCAACAAAUUGUUUUUUGACAAGUCUGACAAGUACAGUAUGUGCAACUUUUGUUGAUGGAAACGGUCUUUUGUUCUAAACCACUACGACACAGUCAACAUUCGAAAAUGUGCUGUUGUGAUGAAAAAUAUUAAAAGAAUUUCAGACUUUUACAGCAAUUGUCUACAAUGACUUAGUUGGCUCUUUUUUCCCCACAUGACGCCAGCAUGCUGUUUGGCUAUUGUGAGUUUAAUUAGGGGUCUUUGAAUGUGAUUUCUCAGCAAAAAUUCAAAUUGUGAUUUCUCAGCAAAAAUUCAAGACGGUUCAAGAUUGUUAAAUCUUUUUCAAGUUGUUAGUUAUUGA